CGACCUCCAGCCGUCGGCGCUGAGCACUGCGCCCAGGGAGAGGGACAGACAGCCGGCUGCAUGGCACAACGGAACCCCGAGUGAGAGGCGAGGUGGCCGGACAGACAGACAGCAGGGGCAGACGCAGAGACAGAGAGCGGGGAUAGGGGAGGACGACAAAGACAGCGACAGCCCAGAGAGUCCUAACCCAGGGAGCCCCAGCCACUCUCGCAGCGUCCCACCCCAGACGGAGGGGGUACAGGCGGCUCAGCAUCCUCCCACCCGCCCGCCCGCCCCGUCGUCGUCGGCCCCUGCCGGCUUCUCCAGCUGGAGCACGCAGGGCGGCCGAAAACGCGCUGGGUCUCCACACCCGCCCUCAUGGAGGCCGUGGAAACCGGGAAACGGCCCACCUUCGGAGCCUGGGACUACGGGGUCUUUGCCCUCAUGCUCCUGGUGUCCACUGGCAUCGGGCUGUGGGUCGGGCUGGCUCGGGGCGGGCAGCGCAGCGCUGAGGAUUUCUUCACCGGGGGCCGGCGCCUGGCGGCCCUGCCCGUGGGCCUGUCGCUCUCCGCCAGCUUCAUGUCGGCCGUACAGGUGCUGGGCGUGCCGUCCGAGGCCUACCGCUAUGGCCUCAAGUUCCUCUGGAUGUGCCUGGGUCAGCUUCUCAACUCGGUCCUCACCGCCCUGCUCUUCAUGCCGGUCUUCUAUCGCCUGGGCCUCACCAGCACCUACGAGUACCUGGAGCUGCGCUUCAGCCGCGCGGUGCGGCUCUGCGGGACUGUGCAGUAUAUUGUAGCCACGAUGCUGUACACCGGCAUCGUCAUCUACGCACCGGCCCUCAUCCUGAACCAAGUGACCGGGCUGGACAUCUGGGCGUCGCUCCUGUCCACCGGAAUUAUCUGCACUUUCUACACAGCUGUGGGCGGCAUGAAGGCUGUGGUCUGGACUGAUGUGUUCCAGGUGGUGGUGAUGCUAAGUGGCUUCUGGGUUGUCCUGGCCCGCGGCCUCAUGCUCCUGGGAGGGCCCCGCCACGUGCUCACCCUGGCACAGAACCACUCCCGGAUCAACCUGAUGGACUUUAACCCUGACCCGAGGAGCCGCUAUACAUUCUGGACUUUUGUGGUGGGCGGCACGUUGGUGUGGCUCUCCAUGUACGGCGUGAACCAGGCGCAGGUGCAGCGCUACGUGGCUUGCCGCACAGAGAAGCAGGCCAAGCUGGCCCUGCUCAUCAACCAGGUGGGCCUGUUCCUGAUCGUGUCCAGUGCCGCCUGCUGUGGCAUCGUCAUGUUUGUGUUCUACUCCGACUGCGACCCGCUCCUUGUGGGGCGCAUCUCCGCGCCAGACCAGUACAUGCCUCUACUGGUGCUGGACAUAUUCGAGGACCUGCCUGGAGUCCCCGGGCUCUUCCUGGCAUGUGCUUACAGCGGCACCCUCAGCACAGCAUCCACCAGCAUCAAUGCCAUGGCUGCAGUCACUGUAGAAGAUCUCAUCAAACCGCGGCAGCGGAGCCUGGCACCCAGGAAACUCGUGAUUAUCUCCAAGGGGCUCUCGCUCAUAUACGGCUCGGCCUGUCUCACCGUGGCGGCUCUGUCCUCGCUGCUUGGGGGAGGCGUCCUCCAGGGCUCCUUCACGGUCAUGGGAGUCAUCAGCGGCCCCCUCCUCGGAGCCUUCAUCUUGGGAAUGUUCCUGCCCGCCUGUAACACCUCGGGCGUCCUCUCGGGACUGGCCGCGGGCUUGACGCUGUCGCUGUGGGUGGCCCUGGGCGCCACCCUGUACCCACCUAGCGAGCAGACCAUGAGGGUCCUGCCGUCGUCGGCUGCCCGCUGCGUGGCUCUCUCAGCCAACGCCUCUGGCCUCCUGGACCCGUCUCGCCUCCCUGCUAACGACUCCAGCAGGGCCCCCAGCUCAGGAAUGGACGCCAGCCGACCCGCCUUAGCUGACAGCUUCUAUGCCAUCUCCUAUCUCUAUUAUGGUGCCCUGGGCACACUGACCACUGUGCUAUGUGGAGCCCUCAUCAGCUGCCUGACAGGCCCUACCAAGCGCAGUGCCCUGGCCCCGGGAUUGUUAUGGUGGGACCUUGCACAGCAGACAGCAUCAGUGGCCCCCAAGGAAGAAGUGGCCAUCUUGGAUGACAGCUUGGUCAAGGGUCAUGAAGAACUCCCCUCUGGAACCAAGAAGCCCCGUGGCUUCCUGCCCACCAGUGAGGACCGUCUGUUUUUCCUGGGGCAGAAGGAGCUGGAGGGGGUGGGCUCCUGGACCGCCUGCAGUGGACAUGAUGGUGGUCAAGACCAGCGGGAGACAAACCUCUGAGGAUGGGCCUCGGGACCGAUGCCCUGGGGUGGAACCUCAGGAUGGGCCAAUCCCAGACCACGGCUCACACCCUCGGCUCCAAUUGGCUGGAUUGUCUUGUAUGCAAAUGAGUUCAGGACCAUAGGCCCUACCCUAUGGGAGGAGGCAAGGCCCUGCCUCGAGGAGGUCAUGUUUUAAAUCCAGCCCCCUGCUUCAUUAGAUGCUG